AUGGCGACAAAUCUUCAAUCAGUAUUUGAUUAUUUAACCGAAAAAGGUUCUUUGGAAAUAAUAAAUCGCGAUCGUCUCGUCGAAAUCUGUUCGGCAUACAAUCAACUGAAGGCUGACCACACUUUUGCAAAUGACGAUGAUCUCGUUCAGAUGUUAAUCAAGGAAUUUUCCAUCGUUAACGAUACAGAAAACUUCGAUCGUUUAAAACAAUGCGUAACAAAUGUAAGUGUCGAUCUGGCAUAUCAAAUUGUUCAGAAAGAAUAUACACUUAAACUUAUAACACAAAAACGAUUGAAAGUAAGAAAUGCAAAAUCAUCAUCCAAUGUUCAUGUGGAAACAAACCCAACAACACAAACGAAUGUCGAGAUUAUGAAGCAAAUUAUUUGUCAAAUUCUAAUCAAACAAAAUCAUACCGAAGUUAUCAGUUUGAUCGAAAAUUUCUUUUUGUGUCAGUUGAGCAAACUUACACAAGGUUACAAAAGACGAACUACAAGUCCAUUAUCAGCCGACAAACUUUACAAUGGGCUUGUCUGUCCUGGUACAAUACUAUACGAAUUUAUUCGAUUUCAGUUAUCUAGUCGAGGUGGUGUUAUUGAUGUUGGACGCACUUUGACAAGAUUCCCGCUUGUUGAACCAUUACUAUUGGUAGAUCAGUUCGAUACGUGGAAUUUUGAUUAUUUACGUGGUUUGUUUGAAUUGAAUUUGUUACCUCCAAGCGGACCAUUCCCGAAAGCAUGGCAAAUUGAUGACAAUACUCAGUUUUUUUACCUUUUGGAGCUGCCUCAUGGAAAUAAUGGUACAAACUGUCAACGAGCAAGAAAUAACGAUCGACCAAGUACAGUUUCCUUGCAAAGAUUCGUUGAAGAUGUAUGCGACAAGGAAAACAAUGGAAUGGGGAAGAAAUGGCUCAACGCGUUAACUCAAGAUGAUAUAUUCACUUAUGAUCAUCUCGUCAAUCUGAAAUUUGAUGAAUGGAACCAAUUGAAGACAUUAUCUAUGAAUGGACGAAAGAUUCUCAAAUCAUACGUUGAUCGGGAGAAGCAAAUGGCCAAUGAUAUGAAAAACCAGACGAAGCCUGAUGAGACCAAUUCAAAUCAACAAUCUGAAUCAGAAUUAUAUGCGAAAAUCCAUCAAGUUCAAUUAUAUUUUCAUUAUACAUUAGCUGACAAAUUUCAUGUUGCUCAGAUUCCAAGACCAGCGAAAUUGAAUGCUGACUGUGUUCAUUUGUCGUUUGAAGAAAUGCGCAGAGACGGCUUUGAAGAUGACGGUCUUUUCGAUCAAAUGAAAAUGUUCUUUUUGCCACUAACAAUGGUCGAAAACGAUUUGGCUAUUGAUGAAACUCACCUACGUUCAUUGAACAGAGGACGUGAAACACAAAGAAACAAUUUACAAGAAAGAAGAGAACAGCUGAUCGGCAAACUGGCUGAAAAAGAGAGUCGAUAUUAUGAUCACGAUGAUUCACUGAAUAAACUACGAAAAGAGACAAACGACAAGCAAUCAGUGUCAGAUGAUGUUGCACAACGAGACUAUGAAAGUUUUUCAAUAUCAGAGUUGCUGGUUAUGCAUACAAACGGAAUGAAAUGUCUGGAAAACGAAAAACAUAGUUUACGAACUCAAAUCCAAGAAAUCGAUGAUCUUUUGAACAGUCUCGACCGAGUCUCAACAGAUUACAAUGUGAAUCAAAGCGGAAGAUCUGAUAAGGAUCUGAUCAAACCAAAUCGAGGUUUUAUUAUGUAUGGACCGCCAGGUACUGGUAAAUCUGAUAUCAUGAGUAAAUUAUCAGCACGUACGGGUAUUUGUAUGGUAGCACCACCACUAGCUGCAGGUGAACUCAAUCGAUCAUUAGUUGGUGAAUCGGAACGAAUCAUUAUCGAUAUUUGUAUGCGUUGUCAUCGCGUUCCGUAUCUGAUGUGUUGUGUAUCCAUCGAUGAAAUUGACUCGCUUGCACCAAAACGUACAGAUGAUAGUAAAGAUGGAAAUCUAGCAAAACUCAGUGUACUUUUGUCUGUUAUCGAUGGCAUUAAAGAUGUACCGAAUUUAAUGAUAUUUUGUGCGACAAAUCGUUUGCAUAUGAUGGAUGAAGCAUUUCUUCGUCGUAUGUCGGGAAAAUUCUUUGUUGGUCGACCAUCAUCUCAAGCCAGAAAGAACAUUCUAAGUGGUAUCAAACCUUGGCACAUGCCAACAACUCUACUCGAUAGUUUGACUAUGGUCACUACNGUACUUUUGUCUGUUAUCGAUGGCAUUAAAGAUGUACCGAAUUUAAUGAUAUUUUGUGCGACAAAUCGUUUGCAUAUGAUGGAUGAAGCAUUUCUUCGUCGUAUGUCGGGAAAAUUCUUUGUUGGUCGACCAUCAUCUCAAGCCAGAAAGAACAUUCUAAGUGGUAUCAAACCUUGGCACAUGCCAACAACUCUACUCGAUAGUUUGACUAUGGUCACUACAAACUUCAGUGGUGCUGCUCUCAGAGCUCUACGUCGUCUUAUAACGGUGUAUUGUGUUGAUAUGAAACGUAGAAAUCCUGCCUAUCUAUUAGAUUAUUCUACAAUGCUUCGCUUAACUGAUGUUACUGCUAGACAAUAUCGAAUUUUCCUUGGUGCAGAAACAUUACCAAACGUCAUCGCACGUAGCGUGGUGGAUAAUGAUACACCGAUCAAUAACCAACAAUUCAACGAUCUAACGUAUCGCAAUAAUUCGAUCUAUACAGGUCGAAUUCUGACCAAUUUAAAUACCGCUAACAUCGAUAUUGAAGCUGUUGAAACAAAUCCCAUCACAGGAGAAUCCAAAAAGAUUGUCUACCGAUAUGCAUUACUUGACUCUGAAACUAUCUUACAGGGAUUAUUGGAACGUUUAACAACCUAUGGGAAAUUACGUAACGUUCAACUUCUUCAACUCGUCGAUCUUAAUCUUCUAUCAGCCGAAAGUGCUCACGAUGAAAAACAGAAGUUUGAAACAUUGAAAGAACGUUUAGAUGAAUGUGGUGCUUAUCGUCGUUCGAUGAUUGUUUAUGAUUUAGAUUCAUUAGUUGGUAUUAAUCGAAGUGAAGGCAAUGCUUCAACUGGUCGAACAACAAAUUUUUCUUUGAUUAAUCAUAAUAUUUACACGCAUAUCAAAGACAAAUUUCAAAACACGUAUGUUCAACAUUCGACUAAUAAUUCCACUCAAGAUACCGAAGAGAAAUGGUCAGUUGUCUUCAUCUCGGAUGCAUUUUUACUUCGUCAAUUUUCCGAUGAUGUCAAGUUUACUCGGCCACAAAGUGAAAUUGAUGAAGAACAAGCUGAAGAAUGUCGAGCUAACCAGCAGAUUUUGUGUGUUCAAUGUGAUGAUUAUUACAUUGAACAAGACAAUCGAAUGGGAGCUUGUGCACAUCAUAACGGAUUCAUUUAUGAUGUUUAUUCGGUAGACUUGGCUAUAUGUAUUCGAAAACGUGUCAUUGAAAACCUAUUAGACGAAGAAUCGCGAUUCAAUGGUAGACUCAAUCGUAAUCCUCCAACACAGGAAGAAAAGGAAAAUUUUGAACGGCAAAAACAUCGAUUCAGAUAUAUCUGUUGCGAUCAAGUUCUUCAAAUUGGUGGUGCAAUGAGUGGAUGCAAACGAGGCAAGCAUAGUGAACGAAAUGUCACUCGUGAACAUUGGGAAACAACUUGUGAUAGAAAUCAAGAAUAUCGACGCANAGAAUCGCGAUUCAAUGGUAGACUCAAUCGUAAUCCUCCAACACAGGAAGAAAAGGAAAAUUUUGAACGGCAAAAACAUCGAUUCAGAUAUAUCUGUUGCGAUCAAGUUCUUCAAAUUGGUGGUGCAAUGAGUGGAUGCAAACGAGGCAAGCAUAGUGAACGAAAUGUCACUCGUGAACAUUGGGAAACAACUUGUGAUAGAAAUCAAGAAUAUCGACGCAAAAGAUUGGCACUGCUUGAAAAACGAGCUCAUUAA